UAUUAGUAUCAAGGAAGAAGAAGAGCAGAAGAAGAAGAAGAAAUAUUAAUAAAUAAGAUAUUAAUAAUAAUAUGGUGGUUUUGUUCGAGAUGCGAGCUGAUUCCGGUAGAAAGGGAACCUUCUCCGUACUUCUUCUUUUUCUUCUUUUAAUCCUCAUUUUGCCUCGCAUUUAAUUCAUCUACCACUCUUUGUUAACCUUUUUUCUUUUUUUCUUUUUUAUUUUUUUUUUGGGUUUACAAUUUUUUGUUACUGGGUGACUUGGCCUUCAAUUCUUGAAACUUAUUUAAGUUUGUAGUUAGUUUUGCGUUUCUUGAUUUGGGAUUGGUGGGUUUAUUUAAACUUGAAGUGGGCUGAUUCUUCUUGAUUUGGGAUUGGUGGGCAAUUUGAUAAAAGGGAGAAAAAAAUUAGGGUUUGGUGGAUGCUAUUGUGAUUGUGUGAUGAUUGAAUCUUUAUUUGGAUGCAUUAUUCAUGAAUCGGGGAUUGGUUAAGCAUUUAAUGUUUGGAUUUGAGGGGAUUAAUUAGGGUUAAUUGUUUUGUUUGUUGCUGUUUGACAAAUCUUUGUUAUGUUGUUGUACGAUUUUGGUGUAAAUACUUUGAGAUUUGUGAAUCUUUUUUUAGUUAAUAAAUUGAUGUGUUGAUUUGUUCCUCCUUUGAUAAAUUUUGUGAUUCCUGGGAGGAAUUUGAUUUCAUUUUUUACCCAUUUUUAGUUUAAGAAAAAGAAAGGAAAAAAAAAGAGUCAAAAUAAUCAGUUGUAAAACACCCAAAUCACCCACUAUUUUUGUUGUGGGAUUUAUUAUAUCAAAUUUGAGUCAGGAAAAAGCUUUAGAUUUUUUGUUUCUUUUUUUAAAAGAAAGUGAAAUACUCAAUUUAGAAGAAGAAGAAGCCGCAGCAGAAGGAGAAGUGGAGUUUACACGAUACUUUGUUGGGUUUUUGUUGUUCUAUGGGAAUAUCUGAUAGUUCAAUAUUAGAUCUGAUACAGAAGGUUAGGUCUUUGAUUUCUUGGGGCGGUAGUGAUCUAUCAAGUUUGUCUGGGAAAUUUGAGAUGCCUGAUAGUCGCCGCAAAAUGUGUUCUGAGUGUGAUACAAAGUUGAAUGAAUCUUGCAAUGGAUAUCAUUGCCAAAGUUGUGGCCGUUGGUUGUGUAGGAGGUGUAAUCAGAGUACUGAGUCUGGGGAGAGUAUCAAGACUUGCAAGUUUUGUAAUGGGAUAAGUGUGAGGCAUGGAUGUGGGAGGAAGAACAGUGAGAAAGUUCAUCCUUCUGUUUCACCUCGAGAAAGCCCUGAGCCACCUUCACCUAGUUUUUGUUCUGAGAAAAAUGAUUGCUCUGUGAAUAGUGAAUCGGUUCAGAUUGAUCGUCUUGCUCACUAUCUUGAAUUCCGGGAUUGUGGGUACUCUCCCCAUGCAAUGACCAGCCGGAGCCAAAGUAUGACAUCAUUUAGUGCUCAGCCUUCUCCAGUAUCUGUUCGGCGUUCGCCCAGCAGGAGUGAUGGAGAAGAGGCAGAGGAAUCCGGGAAUCACUUUUUCAGCCCAUCUAGUGAGUAUUAUCACGAUAUUUCAGAUAUAGAUACAAGUAGUAUUAGUGCUAGACAUGAGUUUUACAAUUUUAAGUCAUUGGGAUCAAGUCCCUCUGACAGCCCCUCUAGGAAUAAUUUUACCCCUUAUAGAGGCAGGCAUAGUGUACAGCAGGCGCAAGAGGGAAGCCCAUUGUCUCAUAAUGAUAGUCCCUUCCAUCAAGAAAGUGUGGCUGUUUUAAAAAGGCCUUAUAGAGGGACUGAGGAUCCGGAAAAUACUGAUGAUUACUCUGAUGACCUAUCAAUUUUUCGUGACCAAGAUGGUAGAUCUCAGAAGCCAUUGGAUUUUGAAACUAAUGGUCUUAUCUGGUAUCCCCCACCACCUGAUGAUGAAAAUGAUGAGGCGGAAAGUAAUUUCUUCUCAUAUGACGACGACGACGACGAUAUCGGGGAAUCAAGUGCGAUGUUCUCAUCCAGUAGCAGCCUUUCUGGUAUGUUUCCAGCCAAGGAGAAGCAGAAUGAGGGUAACAAAGAACCUCUUAGGGCUGUGGUACAAGGGCAUUUUAGGGCUCUUGUUGCAGAGCUAUUACGGGCUGAGGGUAUCACAGUGGGGAAAGAUGACACUACUGAGGACUGGCUUGGCAUAGUCACAAUGCUAGCAUGGCAGGCUGCAAAUUUUGUGAAACCAGAUACUAGCAGAGGAGGCAGUAUGGAUCCUGUUGAUUAUGUAAAGGUUAAAUGUAUAGCAUCAGGAAACCCAACUGAGAGCACCCUUAUUAAGGGGGUAGUUUGUACAAAAAAUAUAAAGCACAAGCGCAUGACAUCACAGUACAGAAGUCCUAGAUUACUUAUUUUAGGAGGAGCACUUGAAUAUCAGAGAGUUGCAAAUCAGUUGGCUUCUUUUAAUACGUUAUUGCAACAGGAGAAUGAUCAUCUCAAGAUGGUAAUUUCAAAGAUAGAGGCUCUUCGCCCAAAUGUUUUGCUGGUGGAAAAAAGCGUGUCAUCAUAUGCCCAAGAACUACUUCUGACAAAGGAAAUUUCAUUAGUGCUCAAUGUGAAAAAGCCAUUACUGGAGCGGAUAGCCCGGUGCACUGGUGCUCUAAUUAGUCCAUCGAUUGAUAAUGUUUCAGCAGCACGACUUGGACACUGUGAACUCUUCCGGUUAGAAAAAGUUUCUGAAGAACAUGAGCCCACCAGCCAGUUCAACAAAAAGCCGUCUAAAACAUUGAUGUAUUUUGAAGGGUGUCCUAGGCGUUUAGGUUGCACGGUUCUGCUGAGGGGUGCUUCUCGGGAAGAGCUAAAGAAAGUUAAACAUGUUGUUCAAUAUGCAGUAUUUGCAGCCUAUCACUUAUCCCUUGAGACUUCUUUCCUCGCUGAUGAGGGUGCUACUCUGCCUAAAAUCAGACUAAACCACUCAAUUACUAUACCAGAGAGGAUAAUGGCUGAUAAUUCCAUUUCUGUUAUCCGUAAUUCUCAAGUUGCCACUAAUUGUCAAGCAGUAGCUGAUGCCUGUGCCGAGGAUGAUGGAUCUGUUAAUCUCAAUCUGGAGCAUGGAGGAUUUGAAUCAUUGUCUGAGCGUUAUGAUCCCAAGUAUAUUUGUUGUUCUCCUGUUUCCAUGGAUCAUAGGUUUGAUGAUGCUACCUCUGAUGCACGCAACGAUGAUUUAAAUUUGCAAUCUCUGAAUCAAUGCAAUGAUUUGAAGGAGCCCAGUGUCUGUUCUUUUGAUGCUAGUAAUCUUACACAACCAGAAUUGCAAGAUAUCAUCGGUCAAGAGGAGAGGGAGCUUGGGAAGAUUCUUGAAUUGACAAAAUUUGAUAGGGUUAAUGAAGAUGAACUAUCCAGUGAAUACUUCUCAGCUGCUGACACUCACCAGAGUAUAUUGGUGUCAUUUUCAAGCCGUUGCGUGCUGAAAGGAACUGUAUGUGAACGCUCCCGGCUCCUGCGCAUAAAGUUCUAUGGCUCUUUUGAUAAGCCACUUGGAAGAUACCUUCAUGAUGACCUAUUCGAUGAGACAGCUUGUUGUCGAACUUGUAAUGAGUCAGCAGAAGCCCAUGUUCUAUGUUAUACUCACCAGCAGGGAAAUCUAACGAUCAAUGUUAAACGUCUUUCCUCUGUAAAGCUACCUGGUGAACGGGAUGGCAAGAUAUGGAUGUGGCAUCGAUGCCUAAGGUGUGCUCAUACAGAUGGAGUCCCUCCAGCAACUCGUCGAGUGGUUAUGUCAGACGCUGCCUGGGGACUUUCUUUUGGAAAGUUUUUGGAACUUAGCUUUUCAAAUCAUGCUACUGCUAAUCGUGUUGCAAGCUGUGGCCAUUCCUUGCAAAGAGACUGCCUCCGUUACUAUGGGUUUGGGAGCAUGAUUGCAUUCUUCCGCUAUUCCCCUAUUGAUAUUCUCUCUGUCCAUUUACCCCCAUCAGUUCUCGAAUUCUAUGGCCAUGGUCAACAGGAGUGGAUAAGGAAAGAGGCAGAAGAGCUUAUGGUUAAGAUGGAAACCGUGUAUGCUGAGAUAUCUGAUGUACUUGAAGGCAUGGAACAGAAAAGUAGUUCCAUUGGAUGUGAAACUUCAGAUAUAACCGAUUUAAAGAACCACAUUGUGGAACUGAAGGAUCAGAUUAAAAAGGAAAGGAAUGAUUACAUGGGUCUCCUACGACCAGUUGUUAUGGAGACUUCAGAACCAUGUCAGGCGUCUGUAGACAUUCUUGAACUGAACCGUUUGAGACGUGCCCUUCUCAUUGGUUCACAUGCUUGGGAUCGUCAACUUUAUUCAUUGAGCUCUCUUCUUAAGAAAGGUUCUUUUGCCAAGGCUACUCUCAGGGAUGCAUCUUAUGCCCAACUGAAAGAGUUUAAAAGUGAUUCGUUGUGCAAGGGUGGUAAAGUUGAUUAUGGGCAUGAGGAAAAUAUGUCUGGAUCUUUAGAAGUACAGGAGUUUCCUGCAAAUGAUUCACAGUCAGAACAGAAGGAAGAGCCUAGUUUACCAACCUUAGAACCUUUUGGUUCUGACAUUUCCUUAUUAGGCUCAUCUCAUCAUAACAGAGAGGAGGAUGCGCAUUCAGAUGGCGAAAUUGCAUCCACUCUGUCUGAGAGAAUAGAUUCUGCAUGGACAGGGACUGAUCAAUUAGUUCAGCCUCUACAAGCAUCUCAGACAGAUGGCCUCCAAGCUGGUUUGGUUCCGCAGAUAAGAAAAGUCGAUAAUCUUCCUUUUAAAAGGCUAACUGCUCCGGUGAGAGUUCAUUCUUUUGAUUCUGCUUUGAGAAUCCAGGAAAGAAUCUUGAAAGGAUUGCCUCCUUCUUCAUUGCAUUUGUCGACAAUUAGAUCUUUCCACGCUUCUGGAGAAUAUAGGAGCAUGGUCAGAGAUCCGGUAUCUAAUAUAAUGAGGACUUAUUCCCAAAUGUUGCCAGUGGAGGCACAGAAGCUAAAUUUGGUUCUUGGUUCAACACCCUCAUUUAUCUCCUCUGCUUCUCGUGUGGCUGAAGGGGCUCUGUUGCUGCUUCCCCACAGUGGCAAUAAUGAUUUAGUUGUUUCUGUUUAUGAUAAUGAUCCUACCAGCAUAAUAUCAUAUGCUCUUAGUUCCAAGGAGUAUGAGGACUGUGUUGCUGAUAAGAUGAAUGAGCAUGAAGGAGUGUGGAGUGCCAAUGAGAUCAAUAGAGAUGGUUCUGGGGUUUCCACCUUUUCAGCCUGGCAGUCAUUUGGCUCUAUGGAUUUGGAUUAUAUCCACUAUGGAAGUUAUGGAUCUGAAGAUGCUUCUUCAAUGAGUAACUUGUUCACAGAUCCCAAAAAGUCACCACACCUAACAAUUUCUUUUGGGGACAAGUCUUCGAUUGCUGGUGGUAAAGUGAAGUUCUCUGUCACUUGUUACUUUGCGAAGCAGUUUGACUCUCUUAGAAAGAAAUGUUGUCCUAGUGAAGUGGAUUUUGUGUGCUCCUUGAGCCGCAGUCAGAGAUGGUCUGCACAAGGUGGAAAAAGCAACGUAUUUUUCGCCAAGUCAUUGGAUGAGAGAUUCAUUAUAAAACAAGUCAAAAAGACGGAGUUGGAUUCCUUUGUGGAAUUUGCACCAGAAUACUUCAAAUAUCUGACAGAAUCUCUUAGUUCAGGAAGCCCAACUUGUCUUGCUAAAAUUCUUGGCAUUUAUCAGGUCUCUGUAAAACACCUGAAAGGUGGCAAGGAAAUAAAAAUGGACUUGAUGGUAAUGGAGAAUCUCUUUUUCAGGAGAAGCAUCUCAAAGGUCUAUGACCUUAAGGGCUCUGCAAGAUCUCGUUACAAUCCAGAUACAACAGGUGCAAACAAGGUACUUCUAGAUAUGAAUCUCUUAGAAAACCUGCGUACAGAACCAAUAUUUCUUGGAAGCAAGGCAAAGAGAAGCUUAGAGAGAGCCAUUUGGAAUGAUACAUCAUUUUUGGCGUCCGUUGACGUAAUGGACUACUCGUUGCUGGUUGGGGUGGACGAAGAGGGCAAGGAGCUGGUUUUAGGGAUCAUCGAUUUCAUGAGACAGUAUACAUGGGACAAGCAUUUGGAGACAUGGGUUAAAGCUAGCGGGAUUCUGGGCGGACCAAAGAAUGCUUCCCCGACGAUUAUAUCUCCCAAGCAAUACAAGAAAAGGUUCCGAAAAGCGAUGACAAGCUAUUUUCUCACAGUACCUGAUCAAUGGUCUUCAUGAAACUGCUGCAUUCUUUUCUUGCACAAAAGCCAUUUGUUCAUUAUUAACAUUAUAAUUGCAGAUAAAAUAGAGGCAAAUCCCUCUGCUUACCUUGUUUAAAAUUUUCUUUUUCUUUUUCCUUUUGCUUAUGUGCAGAACUGGCCCUAAAGAAAAGGCUUAUACAAUUGAGGGAAUAAUAGAAAUUCCUUGCGAAGAGAGCUCUUUGUACAUCUUUUUAUCCUAGUGCAAAAAGGUUCCUUCACACCA